AACUGUAGUCAAAAUGGUGGCGGCGUAUCUACAGCGGAACGGAUUUAUCGUUUAUUCAAAAUAAGUAGACCUUAUUUUGGAAAAAGAAAUUCAUAUUGAGGUGAAACAUGUGGCUUAAACUCUUUUGUGUUUUGUGGGUGAUCGUAGGAUUAUACGUAUAUAAGGAUAAGGAAAAUAUUGACUUCAUCGUUCAACUACCAGACGGGAAAAUUCAAGGUCAUAUUCUUCGCAGUGAAAAUGGCAGACAUUACUAUGCUUUCCAGGAAAUUCCCUAUGCAGCCCCACCUAUUGGGGAGAACAGAUUUCAGGAACCUAAAGAACCUGAGCCAUGGGAUGGUAUUAGAAGUGCUACCAGAAAUGAAAAAGUAUGUUUGCAACUAAUGCCCAUACCGAGUUCUCUAAGAAUGUCAGAAGAUUGUUUAUAUUUAAACGUUUACUCUCCUGUAUCGAACUUAAAUUUCACAAACCCUACUUUACCCGUUCUGAUGUAUAUACAUGGAGGUAUUUAUAAAUUUGAGAGUGGAGCUUUUGAAUAUUACAAUCCAAGAUUCUUGAUGGACCAUGACAUUAUUAUAGUCACAAUCAACUACAGAUUAGGACCGUUUGGAUUUCUAGCGACAUCGGAUGGUGUGAUUCCUGGCAACUUAGGCAUAAAAGAUACGCUUCUGGCUCUAAAAUGGGUACAUAAAAACAUCAAUCUUUUUGGAGGCGAUAAAGAUCAAAUUACCCUUAUGGGACACAGCGUCGGAGCAAUGUGUCUUGGUAAUCUUCAGAUGAGUCCUCUUACAAAAGGUUUAGUAAAAGGUUAUAUAAUGGCAAGUGGGUCACCGCUGAAUCCACUUGUUUACCAAGAUGACCCUGAUAUUUACGCUUUUGAUAUGGGUAAAGCUGUAGAUAAAUAUUUUAAUUCAACAAAUACACAAGAAUUGUUACAUUUACUUCAAGCGGCCCCAGCUGAAAUUAUACUUCAGAAGCCGCUGUUCGAGCAUAAAUACAAUCACAGUUUGACAAAAAACCUUAUUUGGGCACCAAGUAUCGAACCAGAACAUGAAAAUGCAGUAAUAACAGGUUACAUGUUGGAACAAUUAUCAAGUGGGGAUUUUGAAAAAGCACCUAUGUUGAUAAGUACUGCACUAGAAGAAGCUGUUGGAACAGUAAGUGAUAUAAAUGAGCAGAUUCAGGAUGCUUCGUACUAUGAUAAAGAUGUUCGUAGGGUCAUAAAUCCAAGGUUAAAUGUACCUCCCGAAAAUCUGGCACAGGCUGGCAGAGAGUAUAGAAGGGUUUAUACCUCUUCCAAUUUUUCGAAUGAUCUACCAGCGUUUCUUAAAUAUUUAGGCGAAGAACUAUUUUCAACACCAAUUAUUCACCAUGCAGUAGUUGCAUCAGCUUAUGUUCCAGUUUACUUCUAUCAGUUCUCUUAUAAAGGACCUAUGGGACAUACAAAACCUUUAGACGUUCCAGGCAUAGGAAAUGUUGGCCAUGGUGAAGAAUUAGCCUACAUAUUUGGUGGACAGAAAAGAAUUAUGGAUGAUCUCAAUAAUUACCCUGAAUCUGACAUAUUAACAAUGCAACGCAUGCUCAAAAUAAUUACAAAUUUUGUUAAGUAUCAAAAUCCUACUCCCGCACCUGAUGAUUUAUUGGAUGGUGUUGUUUGGCCACAAUUCCGCAAAGACACGCUGCUAUAUAUUAACAUAAACAACAGUUUGGAAAUAAAACAAAGUCCAAAGCAUUACAUUAAAGUGAGAAGAGUCCUCGAUAAGUACCGACAGAGACCGUUUAUUGUUUUUUAAGUAUUUAUAUUUUAUAUUGAAGAUACAUUUUGUAUAGGCAUUUUACAAUUUGUUUACAUUAUUAUGACUAAAUUUUCGUGUAAUGGAAUAAAAAUUUAAAUAGAAA